AUGGGCAGCAAAACCAAAGGCAAUGUUUACUCUGCGAGUAACAUCAAUACUGAAGUUCUCCAGGAAUUAGCAGAAAUUGCAGAAAUUGGUAUUUAUGGAGACUUGACUCCUCUUAUACUGUUUGUCAAGAAGAGCAACUUGAUCAAGGCCAUCACCAACAUCACCUACUUUGCAUCAGUUAAUGAUAUCGGACAAGUAGCCAGGAACGCAAAGCACCUUGCAAAAUUGUUGGGCUAUAUAAAUCACUGCAUCCAUUUCCCAGAUCCUGAUUCGAAAAAUUUGGCGGUGAAGUUGUCACUUUUGGAAGAGAGAGACCGCAUCGUGGAGUUCUACCACGAGCUUUGCAACAACCACUUGAAGACAAUUUAUAAAUUUUAUGGAUUGAGAAAACCCCUGGCAGUGAUAGCAUUAACUAGUCUUCUACUUGCAUUGGUUGAGUAUAAAAACCAUUCUGUACUUUCCACGUUCCAUGAGACCUUUGAUUUCAACCAUUCGACUCUUCCGAAAAUCUUGGUUCCAACAAGAGAUGAAUUCGAGAAAAAUAUUAUUAAUGAAGUCUCCAUGAGAUAUGCUGUAAUGGAAUUGUGGAUUGCCAUCUGUGCUAAUAGCAAUUCUGCUUUCAGGAAAUCUUUGAUGACGAACUUCAAAAUCAUGAACAAUUUUUGGAAGCAUGUUGAUAUGGAACGGUACGAAACAUUGUUAAGGAUCAUCAAAUUUGUUGACACAUACGUUCUUUGUGAAGCCUCCUUCAAGAGAUCUACUAAAUGUCAGAUCCUCAACGAGAAUUUCUUGUACAGUUUUAGAAACUUAUUUGCGCUCGUCAAUGCCGAGAAUACCAGAAAAGCUGAUACUGAUUUAUUGGAAUACGAGUCUUUCAAGACAAAUUUCAUCGAGUUUAUGAAUGUUUUGGUGUCGGACCAAUCUAAAGGUAUUACUUAUCCGAUGAAUGAAUUUGGUUCUCCUUUGGUUGUAAACAACAAGACAUUCAAGGUCAACAACAAACUUAUCUUCACACUUUUAACUUCACUCAAGCCUUGGGACUCACCCGAUCAGCUCCAGUAUUGCCUAAGAAUUCUUACUUCAAAUCUGGAAUUGGUGGCCCCGUACAUGAACUGGAUUGUUACUUCUUCAGGAGGUUACCAUGAUCCGUCGUUGACAUCUUACUGGAUAGGUCACACACUACUUUACUCAUCUAUUUUGAAAUCACUGGCUCUCCCAGUUCAGGCAGAUUUGAUUUCCCUUGCCCCGCUUUCCAAAAAUUCAUUGACCGAAUGCUUGUCAUUCCCCAAUGAUUUAGUUAAACAGUUGGGCUUGCAACUAAUUUUAUUUCAACUUAUCAAAGUUGCCAGAGAACCUUCUCAGUUGUUAAUCGAAUCAGUGUUGGGCAAUCUUCCAACACAGGCUAGUUUCGCUCCACUUCUCGACCACAAGAACAGACUAGUCAAAUUGACUGCAACCGUCAUUAUCAAGAGAAUGGAAAGUCUCGUUCCGUCCUCUUCCUCUUCCGGAACUGUUUCCAUAAUUAGUGAGAAGCUCUCAAGUAUCAAUGUGGAUGAAUGCGACAGUUUUGAAUUCAUUUUGCUUGACAGCUACUUAUCCAUUCAGUCUAACAAUGAACUCAAAUGGUGGAAUAAACCAGCAAAUGGAAACUCAUUUUUCACAUCUUUGCUCAAGCUCUCGAAUAUUGAUUUCCUCAAGCCAAAGGUAUAUCGAAUUUUGGAAAAGCUAACUAGAACUUCGUUUAUUUUCGGCAGUGAAAACUUGAUCGAGUCCCCAUUGCUAAUGCUCAUUGAUUCCACCGCUAAUUUUAUCGGAUCUGAAUCAUUUGAUAAGAUUUGGAACUGCCUAGACGAAUCUAUCGCUAGAUCCAUGAAAUCACCUUACAAAUACUUGGAUAUGUCCCAUACUAAGUAUCAUGAUAUCUGCAUCUUUGUUGUCGUUCUCUUUGAGCAACUUUCGUUCAUUCCAGAUAUCAAGAAUACCACCACCAUAAACAACUGGUUGCAGGUUUUCAUGACAAAACUUAUUGUCAUUGGAGAAUCGCAGAAAGCAAUUGAAUGUCUUGCUAAUGAAAAGGGAUUUCGACUUGCAUUCGAUUUGGACUCGAUAAGCGUUAAAGAGAAUAUUAUUUCAAAAUUUGAUUUUGCAGAGGCGGUUGUCGCACUCAACCGGUCUCUUCUCAAGCAAGGAGAAAAUCGUGUUUUUGAGAUUAUUGGUAAGAUGGGAAACUACUUGUUGGGAGCUUUGCCAUCUGACGAGCGUCUCUUUGCCAGUAUCACAAACCCAGAUACUUUCUCGUGCUUCAAAAGAAUUGCUUUAGAAUGCAUGUCUGCAAAUGAUGCCCUUGCAUUAACUUUAUUCUCGGAACUUUUCCAGAAUUUUCAUCAAGACUUUUCCGGUACUGACCUCAAUUCAUUUUUGUUUAUUCAAUGCAAAGAUACGUUGCCAAAAAAAAAUCAGCAUAUUCUAAGCAAGUAUUUGUGGAUUUUUUCAGAUGAACAGAUUGUCGAGUUGGCUUCUUCUUUCGAAAACGAAUACCUUGUUGUCAAAGUCAUCACGACACUUUGUCAAAGGAAUAUUAAAUUUGUUCCGGACUUCGAAAAGCUUUUGAAAGUUCAGUCGCCAGAUUUGCAAGAAAUUUUAGAACAUUUCAAAGAUUCAGUCAGGGACGUCAGCAUUAUCAUUUCUAAUCCUGCUUUCUAUUUUCUCUUGGAUGAACCUAAUGCAGAUAUUUCUGAGUAUGUGUUGAACUUGGAAUCAAUUGCAGACGAGGUUCUCUACCGAAUCGCACCAGUAGCAGUUAGUGUUGCUGAAAAGCAUAAAGAAAGAGUCAUUUAUUUAGCUCUUACUAUGGCUGAUUUCCAGCAAUCAUUGAAAAUUUUCUCAACUUUUGCAAAGUGGUUUAACAGUUCAGAAAUCUUUAAAUUGAGUUUUGAAUUUGUGGAGAAUUCCCCGAAACUUGCAAUGACUUCCGGGUUCACGGAGUUCUUAACACUGUAUAUUGAAGCAUUCAAUGUUACUGAGGAUGACGCUAUCAAAUUAUGGCUACAAAGAGCUAUAAUCUACAUAACCAAAAAGUUUGCGGAAUCCCUGGUACUUUCAGCCAAUUUUGACAGUUUCCUUUGUUCGAUUCAGGUUUUCUUGACGAAGUGCAAGGAUUUUAGAAAAUGCGUUUCACUGGAUGUCCUUAACACACAAUUUGAAGUUUUAUUGAGACACCAAAAAUGGAUCCUCCAGACCAGGUAUAUUUCAUAUGCCAACCAAGUUUUGAAUACCAUGAAGUCCAAGAAAGUUACCGCUGACAAGCUACUUCAGAUUUUUGUCACUAACGAGAACAAUUCUUUGAGAAUGCUACCAAACUUCGACGGAGAGCUUCGUUUUCAAAGUGCUUUGCUCAUUUAUACUUUAUUCAACUUGGCACCUUCUUCUUCGUUGACAUUAACUAGCCAACUUCUCGAGCUCUAUCUUGGAUCGACAAGAGCCGAGGAUUUGUUGCUCAAAGAUGUUCUUGCUAGAAUUGAAGCAAAAACUACCAAGAGUUGGGUGACGAAUGUCACCAAUUGGGAUUAUAUUGAUGAGCUUUCUCAAAAAGACAUUGAAUUGGUUGGCGAGGAUAGACUCAUUCUCAAAGACAAAUCUAGUCUUAUUGUGGUUCUCAACAAGGGUUUCGUCACCAACACUGUCAAACAUAUGCAGCCGAUUCCAUCGAUUCCCAAAGGUGACAAAUAUCAUGAGUUCUUGGAGUUUUCUGGAGAAUUUGCGAACAUCAUAACAAACCCAGGUCACUUCCUAUAUGAACGUGUUAUCCGGUAUGUUUUGUCAACUCCACUCAUUCGUCCGUUCGAAAUCCCACUUUACAAGACCAUCAGUGCAGGCUUGGUGAAUGAUGAUUCCCUCGAAGAACAAAACUACUACAAACAAGUUACAUGGUUGAUUGAACUGUUAACUAACGGUAUUUCCUCGGUAGAAGAUUUGAGAAUCUUGCGUUACAGAGAAACUAUUGAGUGGGCACUCAACUUGAGCAACCUAUCUUAUGUUUCGGGCAUGCUUAAAUCGAAGAUUUUACAAUUUAUCAAUGAAGUUCAAAGCUUCGAAGCAGAAGGGACAGACUUAAUGGUGACAAAAUUUGCGGGCUUUUCAUCGCUUGAAAUGCUCAAGCGUUCGUUGGACAGCACAAUCUUCUCUAACCAACAUCAAGCAUUGAAUCUUGAUCAGAUUGCCUUGAAGACCGGAAUUGUUGCAAGUUGUCAGAAGAGAGUACGUGAUUGGACCGAGAACGAUGUCUCAAAAGCAGUGAAAAGAAUCCACAAUUAA